AUGCCUUUAAUGCUUGCUGCAAAUGUGUCUGUCUGUCCUUUGCGUGAGAGGUAUUUCUCUGUGUGUGUGUGUGGUUCCCUCUUAUUCCCCCUCAGCACACAUACACUGCGUACACCACAGCAAUGGCUUUGCCGUCCGAUGGACUACUGGGCUCGGUGGAUAACACUCCUCCUCCUCCUCAGUCUGUCACCGCAGGGAGCCAUCAGACAUCUGCACUCUGCUGAACCAACCACCCCCACACAGAUUGAGACCGGACACUGUACGCACCUGCCAGCGCCUUGCUUGCAAAGGGACCGCUCCGCACAUUCUGCCGUCAUCCCAAAGCCGCCUAUACAACGAUAUGGAGUGGAUGGUGAUGACGUGAAGAAGCUCUGCUUUGCAAAGAAUCGAGGCCAAAUUGCUUGUUGA